UCCAGAUGAGCAUGCAUGAUGCAUCUUCGAAGCUCUCGGUGCUAAGAUGUUGCGUGCCGGCUAAAUCUCUCUUUUAUUAGCCGGAGGGAGGCUCAAGGUGCAUCCAUCAAUCAGCGCCAGGACGCUUGGGACGUACCACUACUGCAUGAAGAUCUGGAGACGCGGGUUAGGUCCUUCUUCGUGUAUCCAUCUGCCAGACUUGCAGUAGCUUUUCUGAAAGACUAAAAAGGGAUAUACCGAAUCGAAGCAGACGAAUCAAUUUAUAUCCCGGCUUCAGUCGUGCGCUGCCCAGAACUUGCGAACCAAGCCUUCGGCUGGCGUGGCGCACCCGUGUGCAUUGCCCAUGUACUGGCUGUGGUAGUUAUCGCGGUGUGCUUGCCGGCUAUUUUGGAUCAAUGUGCCAGCAAAGCACGAGUGCUCAUAUAGCCUUGUCCCAUGAGCUUAAUAACUUGAAUCCAGCAACAAGGACCGGCUUGUUCUCCACCGACCAGGAAGGGACCCGUUCCUUCAACUUCACAACAUCGUCGUUGCAAGUCUCUUUCUCGACAACGCACCUUCAUCGCCAUCAUGGAUCGUCCAACAAAAGGCACCUUUCGCCUGGCGGAACGUGAGUUCCCCAAGCUGACCUGGUACAAGGAUCCUGGUCUGCGAAGAAACUACAUCUGCUUGAUGUUCGUAGUCUUGACAUCAGCCACGAAUGGGUUUGAUGGCAGCAUGGUCAAUGGCCUGCAGUCUCUCGAGGUCUGGCAAGAGUACUUCGAUCAUCCGCACGGCUCACUGCUUGGAUUAUUCGCCUGCAUUAUGUCCGUUGGCUCGCUCGCUGCACUUCCCGUUGUCCCAUACAUUGCCGAUAUAUUGGGACGAAGAUGGGGUAUCAUCAUUGGCUGCUUGAUCAUGCUUCUUGGUGUUGUCCUGCAAAGUAUCAGCAUCAACUUUCGAAUGUUCAUUGCGGCAAGAUUUUUCCUCGGCUUUGGUGUCGCCAUUGCUCAUGGAGCCUCGCCGCUCCUCAUCACGGAACUCGUGCAUCCGCAGCAUCGAGCCAUUUUCACCACCAUCUACAACACCACUUGGUACGCAGGCUCGAUCGUUGCAGCUUGGUCUACGUUCGGCACAUGGCACAUCCACAACAACUGGUCUUGGCGUAUUCCGUCGAUCCUCCAGGGUGCGCCCUCUGUCCUCCAGCUUUUGUUCGUGUGGUUCGUGCCAGAAUCCCCCCGAUUUCUCAUCUCCAAAGGCAAGGUUGAGCAAGCCCACCAGGUUCUGGCCAACGUCCAUGCGAAUGGCAACCCUCAGGACGAGGUCGUGCUCCUCGAGAUGCAAGAAAUCAAGGACACCAUUGAGCUCGAGAAGUCUCUCGAAGGGAACAGCUGGAUGCAAUUCAUCAAGACGAAAGGCAACCGCCGCAGACUCCUGAUCUUGCUUUCCCUCGGUCUGUUCUCUCAAUGGUCCGGCAAUGGUCUGGCAUCGUACUAUCUCAACCUCGUCUUGAAUCAAAUCGGAAUCACGGACGGCGACAUCCAGCUUGUCAUCAACGGCUGCUUGCAAAUCAUGAACUUCAUCGUCGCAGUUGGCCAAUGCUUUGUCGUGGAUCGCGUCGGACGCCGCACCUUGUUUCUCGUCUCCACGGCUGGUAUGCUUUGCGCAUUCAUCAUCUGGACUGCGUGCGCCGGUGAAUUCGCGAAGACUGGCGUCCAGGCUCAAGGUAAUGCUGUCAUAGCCAUGAUCUAUGUUUACUACCUCUUCUACAACCUGGCAUGGAGCGGAAUGCUGAUCGGCUACGGAGCUGAAAUCCUGCCGUACAACCUACGUGCGAAGGGCCUGACCUUGAUGUUCCUGAUGGUCGACGUUGCUCUUUUUUUCAACCAAUAUGUGAACCCGAUCGCUUUGGACGCCCUGGCGUGGAAGUACUACAUCGUGUACUGCGUGUGGCUGGCCUUCGAGCUUCUCGUGGUCUACUUCUUCUACAUCGAGACCCGGUACACGCCGCUGGAAGAAAUUGCAAAGCAUUUCGAUGGCGCGGAGGCAGUUGUCGGCGGGGCUGCCGCGAGCGAGAAAGUGCGUGUCAUCGCGGCCGAAGAGGCUGCGUACGGCAAGACCCCGUACGCGGUGGAGCAUAAGGAGCUGUAACGAGGAAGCGUUUAUCCUCUUGCUACGGGGCUGUACAUAACGGGAGACAUUGGACAUUCUGGAUGAGCCAUCGUGCGGCAUGGCUUGGCUUUCGCUGCUCUUUGAUAAUUGCCGAAAGACUGGCCGACUGCUUUCUCUCUUCGUGUCAGAUAGCUGGUCGUGACUUCCACUCACUAGAUCGCUCUUGCCUCAGUAGUGCAGGUCGAGGCAGCCACUGCGCACUUCCAAAUCUCACGAUCACUUCACUUCGCAUUCAUCUCAGCACAAAGCAUUCUGACUUCGCUGGCGGCGCACCAGUCUCCCGAGAAAUUCACUGCUGGAAUCAUGGUUUGGAUUCCCGUUUGCAUCAUCAGCACGAUGCCCAUUGCUGACCAUCUCAGGCGCCAAAGACACAGUGCAACGCGCUGAAGCUCGCGCAGAUCGUCACCUGGAUGCAAAGGUCGCGCUCGGUCUUCAGUCUCAAAGACCUCGAGAAAGAGCUUCCCAAAGUCGCCGGAGUCAGCAGCAUUCAGGUCAAAGGUGAGCAAGCAUUUGUAUGAUCCAACACGCUCGAUGGGGCUGACAGCAACACCCAGACUAUAUCCAAGCACUUCAAGAUGACAGCAAAAUCAGCUGCGAGAAGAUCGGAUCUGGAAACUGGUUCUUCAGUUUUCCCUCCCAGGCCAGACGUGAGGCCGACAGCAGCCUCAAGAAGGUGCGUGGCGACCACGAGCAGAUCAGCGGCAUUGUGAAAGAUCUGCAC